AUGACUGCGACACUCCAGUCAGCCCAUGACGGGCUUGGCCUCUUGAAGAGGGGAUGUGUGGAGUGCGAUACGUCGAAACAACUCAUUUGCCCGCAUUGCGAGGCGGGUGUAACCGAGUGCCAGUUUAUUUACCCCAUGGGUUGCGAUGAAUGCCCCCGCGCAACCUGUGUUCCCGUCGAUCCGCCUCCACAGAGCAACACUGGCGGGGACGGCGGCGAUGGCGGUGGCGGAACGAACGUUGGGGCAAUUGCUGGCGGUGUGGUGGGUGGCCUCGUGGCGCUGGCCGUCAUCACAUACUUGGUAUGGAGAUUCUGCGUGAGGACGCGCAGGCAACCAACGAUCGUGGAACCGUGGGAGGAUGCUCAGGAGCAAGGGUUGGAGGGCGAGAAGACAUUUGCGCAACGACGAAACCACCGAGCCUCGACACACACCACCCACUCCAUCGCAUCGACCGUCCUCACCCGCGCCUCCAACAUCAUCCAAAUCGCAUAUAUCCCCGGCGUCACCAACCGAGCGAAUGCCUCCCCGACCGCCCUCGUCCCUCCUGUCCCGCCCAUUCCGUCCGCCGUCUCGCAGGCCGGCAGCCCCGCGAACACCGAGGACCAGCAUUUCUUCAUGCCCGCUGACCUGCGUGACUCGACCUACUCCGGCAUGUCCGGGUAUUCCGACCGCACCUCCUUCGCCCGUACUUCGUAUGCACCCCGGUCCAGCGUGGCAUCCACUAUCUACGGCAAGAGCGCUGUUGUCGUGGCCCCGGCCCAGACAGGUAUGCGGGCCAAACCGGCCAUGGUCAGCGUGAGGUCCGCUCACUCUGCCAACUCGACCGAGAGCCACACGCCACCCGUUCCGGCGGUCGAUUACAACAAAUACAACCUGAUGCCGCGCCCCCCGAGCCCCGCGAACAGCACCUUCAGCGUCGGCUCGACCUUCCUCAACAACGCCAGUACCGCCACUGCGACUCCGGCUCGUGCCAUGGUUGUCCGUGUCGGAAGCGUGAAGAAGGUCAAUGCCCAACGGCCACCGAGGUCAAACCCCGACUCGGACUCCGAUAUCUCACCUGCGGCAUCGGGAUCCCUCCGCGACUCCUCCGCGCCAACCUUGAUCGUGGACUCGCCUGCCACCGAACAGAGCCCGUUCAAUGACCCGCCCAAGUCGGCCAACCAGAGCUCGACCAGCCUAAGCGCCGUCAUCGAGGAGGCCACGAGAAGGGCGUCACAAAGAGACUCCACGAUUCCCGCCCGAGGGAGGGGGAGGAGUCCGUUUGGGGAUGAACACGCUACUUCAUAA